AGGGCGGGGGGUGUGUGCACGUUCGAGCUUUCGGGCCACAGCCACCGCCGCGCGAGCUAGAAGCGCCCUAGCCCGGCAAGCUGGCUCACCCGCUGGCCACCCAGCACAGCCCGCUGGCCCCUCUCCUGCAGCCCAUCUGGCGGAGCGGCGGCGGCGGUGGCGGCGGAGGCAGGAGGAUGGCUUCAGAACUGGCAAUGAACAAUUCCGACCUGCCCACCAGUCCCCUGGCCAUGGAAUAUGUUAAUGACUUCGAUCUGAUGAAGUUUGAAGUGAAAAAGGAACCGGUGGAGACCGACCGCAUCAUCAGCCAGUGCGGCCGUCUCAUCGCCGGGGGCUCGCUGUCCUCCACCCCCAUGAGCACGCCCUGCAGCUCGGUGCCCCCGUCCCCCAGCUUCUCGGCGCCCAGCCCGGGCUCGGGCAGCGAACAGAAGGCGCACCUGGAAGACUACUACUGGAUGACCGGCUACCCGCAGCAGCUCAACCCGGAGGCGCUGGGCUUCAGCCCGGAGGACGCGGUCGAGGCGCUCAUCAGCAACAGCCACCAGCUCCAGGGUGGCUUCGAUGGCUAUGCGCGGGGAGCGCAGCAGCUGGCCGCGGCAGCGGGGGCCGGCGCCGGCGCCUCCCUGGGCGGCAGCGGCGAGGAGAUGGGCCCCGCCGCCGCCGUGGUGUCCGCCGUGAUCGCCGCGGCCGCUGCGCAGAGCGGCGCGGCACCCCACUACCAUCACCACCACCACCACGCCGCGGGGCACCACCACCAUCCGACGGCCGGCGCCCCGGGAGCCGCGGGCGGCGCGUCCGCCUCUGCGAGCGGCGCGGGUGGCGCGGGCGGCGGUGGCCCGGCCAGCGCCGGGGGCGGCGGCGGCGGAGGCGGCGGCGGGGGCACGGCGGGGGCGGGGGGCGCCCUGCACCCGCACCAUGCCGCGGGCGGCCUGCACUUCGACGACCGCUUCUCGGACGAGCAGUUGGUGACCAUGUCGGUGCGCGAGCUGAACCGGCAGCUGCGCGGGGUCAGCAAGGAGGAGGUGAUCCGACUGAAGCAGAAGAGGCGGACCCUGAAAAACCGCGGCUAUGCCCAGUCCUGCCGCUUCAAGAGGGUGCAGCAGAGACACGUCCUGGAGUCGGAGAAGAACCAGCUGCUGCAGCAGGUAGACCACCUCAAGCAGGAGAUCUCCAGGCUGGUGCGCGAAAGGGACGCCUACAAGGAGAAAUACGAGAAGCUGGUGAGCAACGGCUUCCGAGAAAACGGCUCGAGCAGCGACAACCCUUCCUCUCCCGAAUUUUUCAUGUACCCAAGGGACUCCUCUACAUCUGUGAUGUGAGAAAAGCAGUUGCCCGAAGCCGAACAGGCUACAAUGGAGCUAGCUGACUUCCACAUCAACCAGAGACAGAAGGGGAGGGAAGGAGACCCGUGGAAGGCCAGGGUCUGAUUUUCGUCUACUAGAGAAAAGAAAACCAAGAUGUUUAAACGUGUUUUCAACUCCAAGUAUCCCAGUAUGGGUUUAAUUAUAAACCCUCUCCUUUUGGAGAGCCGGAGCCACACACUCUCACACCAACUAUGACACACUGUCAUAGUUUAUGAGUUCCUUUUACUUCUCAGCUGGCGAAACAACGUAUAAUUCUUUUUCUUUCUUUCUCUCCUCUCUCUCUCCAUUAAAAAGUUUGCUUGCUGAAAUUUGCAUGAAAUAUUCUUAUUUUAAUUUUUUUCUCUCUCUGACAGGGAGUAAAUGUCACACUGUCAAAUUGUGGCUUUUUGCAAAGGAAGGGUCUUGAGGUAUGCAGAGAGUGAGAGUAUUGGGUCAAAGCAACAACAACAACAAAAAAAAAACAACAGCAGCAGCAGCAACACAAACAAAGUACUCACACCCCCUCUAGUCAACGAUAAUGUCUGAUUGUUUAUGUCCAUUUGCUAUGUUGCAAAACAUCUCAUUUUAAAUAACUACUCUGUGACUACACAAUAUGGUUUCUCUGCAAACCUUGUAAAAAUUAAGGUUUUUUUUAAACAAAAACAACAUGGAUUUCUGCAUCUAGAUUUGAUCUCAGAGUAUUCCUUUGGUCUGACGUGCAUGUCUCUAUGUGCAUGCAGCGGCAAUACUGAUUCCUUACUUGUGUGGGUCUUUACAAUCCUAGCUUGAGAGCCGUCUGAUAAAUACAAUGAUCUAGACUUCCUGGCAGGUUUUGUGACAUUGAAACCAUCCAUUUUGAGCAAAAAGUUAAUGAACAUUAAAAGCAAGGUUCACACUGGUCCUGACCCGACUGGUAAUAUUUCAUAUAAGGUUACCAGUGGGAGAGAAAUCAAAUUUCAUCUGUGAACAUGAUUGACAGGCAAGAGUAAAGGGAGAGAAAGACAUUUGACUGGGAAGGGAAUUUGGGGAGAAGGACAAUGCCUCCAGGUUCCUUAUGGUAUUAGGUAUUAUAAGCCCAUGUAUGGAAAGCUCACUGCCCGGUGCUUUGGGGAGAGUUGUUUUUAGAAAGUCACUUUGAUUAUGAGAUUUCACUCCAAUAAGUACAGUUAUGGUCAACCAGUAGGCUCUCUGCCUCUCGAUAAUUUCAGCCAGGUAGGUUUCUGGCCCCUUAAUGCUAAGGUGAGUUUUGAAAAUGGAACCACACCGGGCAUGGUGGUGCACACCUUUAAUCCCAGCACUUGGGAAGCAGAGGCAGGCGGAUUUUGAAGUUCGAGGCCAGCCUGCUCUACAGAGUGAGUUCCAGGACAGCUAGGGCUACACAGAGAAACCCUGUCUCAAAAAAACAAAAACAAAACCAAAAUCAAAAAAAAAAAAAAAAAUGGAACCACAAGACUUGGAGGGAGCUAUCAAGUUGUCUUUUGUUUACUGUCAGAAAUGUAGUCUGGGUUAUACAACAACGGUUCAUGGUCAUAUUACAAAUUAUUCAUCCAAGGGCUGGGGAGAUGGCUCAGCUCUUAAGAGCUCAUACUGCUCUCAAAGGGGACCUGUUUAGAUCUUAGCACUCAUAAUUGGUGCCUCGCAACCACCUGUAACUCUAGCUGCAAGGAUCUGGACACCUUCUACUGGCCUCCAGAGACAACCAACAGAUGUAGAUAGAUAGACAGACAGACACAUAUACUUUAAGAUAGUCACCAAGAUACUAUAGGAAGAUUAAAUUCUCUACUUCAAUAACAUCCCUUGACGUUGACUAACAUUCUCUAUUAUAUGUCAUACACCCAAAUGUGCUAAUCAAUACAAAUGUAUUUAGGCCUUCUUUCUCAAGAAAGUUCUAACACUCAAGUCUAACACCUAAGCAUGGCUUCUCUGUCUUCCAUACAGUCUUGCUUCUUGACUGACUUGUCCCACACCUUCACUGACUAAGGUGUGACCGUUGCCAUGGCAACAAGUGAUGCUCUUGCCUGAUCCUCUGGUUCAGUGUGGCUUUUGAACUAGCUGUCUCCUGACUUGCAGUGUACUAAGGUGUGAGUGGCUCUAACUACCUUCAAUUUGCAUCCGAUUAAAAAGUAAGCCUUCCUGCUCCUGUGUCUUAAGGUCCUGACCCAGGACUUGGAAAGUGGCAAGGAGUCACAGCCAGUUUAUGUGUUUAUUCUGACCAUUUCAGAUGUUCCUGGUCUUGGCUUAGACCCACCUAGAUGCAACUAAGUCUUACAUCGCUGUCUUAGGACAUGGCAGACAAGGCAGAUGCAUAAGAGAGAGGCUGGUGGUGACUGUCCUGUCAUCUACAAGAGAUAUAAUGUAUAGAAAUACUCUUUGUUCACAGAUACUACCCCAGUCUUCACAGCAUGGACAUGAUUUUCUCUAGCCUUCCCUGUACCCAUGGAAAGUUACUAAAUGUUAGGAAGGCUAUCCCGCUAUUUUACAAACAGAGUAGCAUGAAGCCACAAGACAAAACAAAGUCUUCAAAGUCUUGUCCCUGCCUACCUGUCUCUAGGUGUUGCUAAUAAGCCUUUGGAGAAAUAUGCAAAUAUAUGUUCAUAGUUCCCACUGGAUAUGUGUGCCUCAGCCAGUGUCCCUCACAGAAUCUAUGAGAAUAUUUGAUAGAUCUAAAGCUACAUUUCCACAAAGCAAACUUACCACCCCCACACUAUAAGUUCUAAUUGGCACCUCUGGAAAGACCAAAUGUUUGGUCUUGACCCUGUCCUCUGAUAAAAGCUGAUUGGGGUAUCUAGGCAGUAAGUCUUUAGACUAAGUCCUGGGAGGAAGAAGGCAUUCUCUCUCACUUGAGCGUUUGUGGUGGGGACCAAUCUGGUAAAAAAUUCUCCUUGAGUGUAUUUCAAGCUUAUUGGAUUUUUAUAUCUUUUGGCUCUGAAACAAUUAGGGAAGAGAUUUUGCUUAAAGUGUUCUGUUCUGUGAUCUUGACUCAACCUAAUUGUUUUCUGUUGCUGCUGUUUGUUGAUUUAGAUUAGGCUCCUCCCCAACCAGCAAGCUGAUUUAAUCAAUUCCUGCCAGCAUUCGAUCUAGCCUAAUCAUAUCGUGUGAACGUGUAGUUUUCCCUCAACCCUAAUGAAAUUAAAGAAAGAAACAUUCUAUGUAUAGGUGAGGGGCGCGGAAGGAUAAAUUUUUGCAAAUCCUGUGGCCCUCAGUGACUUAAAACAAAAACGAUUCUUUUGUAAGGGCCAUGUGUCAUAAAGGCACGAGUGUGUUCAGUCAUCUGUCAAAAGCUUCCACACUGACAUUUAAACUCCCUCUCCUCUCACUAGCAGACUCUGUCAUGUCCUUCCCCUGAAAAGGACUAUCAAACUUUAGGUCUGUGUUUCUUUUUCUUUUCCUGGCACUUGAUGGAAUAUCAGCAACAAAUGAGCUAAGUACUAGGGUUGUGGAGAUCUGCUUGGUAGUAUUUACUUUCCACUUACCAUAUUUGAAAAACAUCAGGACAAGGAAGAACCAGUGAGUUAGUGUGUUACCUUUUCCAGCAUCUACAAAGAAUAAAGUAAAGCUCUUAGUUACCACCACGUCCUCUCCAGUGGCACUAAUAUCACCCAGAAAGUCAGAGGACAGUGUGGAUUCAGAGCUGCAUGGGAAAAAUCAACCUGGCCGUGAGAUUUACAGAUAUUGUCAACUGAAUCUUGGCUGCUGAGCGGGGAUAGCAGGUGUAAGCCGUGCCAGAUAUUAAUGCCUAAUUAAUAGUGAGAGGCUGCAUCUUAUGAUGGGAUCAACAAGUCAAGAAAGAUUAUCCAGAGUGGGAAAGGAAGGGAGAUGUUGCUGGUGGGAUUUUAUUUUCUGCCUUUUGCUCUGCAAGCAUCACCUGAUGCGGUUCCUCUUGUGCAGCCUCCGAUGGUUUCUCCUUGUCUUUCCUGUCUAUUGAGAAGCACAUGAAGUCCAUUUGCUGGCCGGUAGGCAGUAGAGGUGAGAAUUGAAUUGACCGCAAAUGCUCCGAGAAAUUGACCCUGAGGUCGUCUUCCCUUAAAUUGGGUUCCACACACAAAGUUUCUUUUCUUCCCUGCCUCCUACAGCAGAAUUGAGUUGGGGGAGGGGGAGGCUGUAAUUAUUUAAAGGAAUUCUUAGGCACCGGAGUUGACUGUCCCUCUGUACCCUUAAUCAAAAUAGAGACCUUUUGUUACGGCCAGUAGUUAAUUAAAGGGCUGGCGUCUAUACCACUGUGGUGUGCCUCUGGCUUGUUUAUAUUUUAAAAUGAGGUUCAUGCCUGAUGUACAUGAAGAAAGGGGACCAAAGCUUCUGUGGGGUUAUCAGCUGUCCUGAAUGGUUAGAAUAGAGUAGAGCAGAGUAGGACAGAACAGAACAGAGCAGUACAGAACAACAGAAUUCUCUGUUUACCUUUGUUAUUUCUCUGCCUCUUUCUGUUUCUCCUGUAUCUCCUAUUCCCUCCUCCUUGUCCCCCCCCCCCACACACACACACUCUCCUCCUCUUCUUCUCCCUCCUAUUCCCUCACUCCUUCGCACACCCUGCAAUGGGAUACAUGGGUCCCUACCAGAGCUCUCAAGGCAUACAGUAUGCUUCCCAAUGUGGGAGUCUGGUGCUGCAUUUUACGAGAGAACGCGCGCCUGCAGAUGGCAUGUUCAGAGCCUCUCUUUUUCUAUUCACACACGGUUGCAGAGAGACCAGAAAUUCCUGUACCCAAUGCUGACUUUUGUGACAAGUGCUAAGAGCUGCUUUCUUGUCCUGUGCUUCGGUGCUAGCUCACACAUGAAGUUCUGGGCUGAUGCUCAAAGGCUGUUGUUGUGUGAUUUCUUAUUUUGUUAAUAUCUUUCAUUCCUUUUCCUUCUGCUCCUCUCCCUGUUCCUCUUCCUUUCU